GUUCUCCCUCCCAUAUAAGAGGAUGCAUCGUUAAAUUACAUUCAAAUAUCUUAUUAAACACCAUACACAUAAAAUGAUACACAAUUACACAUAAACAUACUCCUACACAUACCACUCCAUUCCCAUUCCCCACUAAUCAACAUCAUAAUUAAUCAAAAGAAUAUAUAAAAAUUUCAUCACCUCCCCUUUUCCCCAUUUCUACUUUCCCCUUUUCUCUCUCUCUCCUCUCUCCCCCACCCAACUUCCCUCCAAAUUACACCCACCACCAUUUCCAAUGAACUAAACUCCCCUCAAAUCACCAUCAUCAUUACCUCAUCAAUGGCUUCCCCCAUCUCAAUUGGAGCUCCACAACCAUGGCCCUCAACCUCCAAAACCUACAAUUUCUGCUCCCAAGGUUGCUCCCUCAACUGCCCCCAAUUAUGCAUCUUCCCCCCACCUCCUCCCCUUCUCCUCAACCCCAACAUCAUCUCCUCCGACGACUCCUCCGAUGACUCCUCCUCCUCUCGCAUCUCCCCAUUAAUGGCCGCUCUAAUCGCCGUCCUCGCCGCCGCCUUCCUCCUCCUCUUCUACUUCACCGUCAUCUCCAAGCUCUGCCGUCGCUCUCGCAACCGUCGCAGAAUCAACCGAUUUAUCGACUCCGAAACCUCUGACCCACUCUCAAGAGUUGACUCGCUGAUUCACGACCCAACUCGGCCGAACUCGUCCGCCUCAGGUCUCGACGACGCCUUUAUUCGCCAGAUCACGGUGUUUAAGUAUCGGAGAGAGGAUAAGUUAGUCGACGGCACGGAAUGCGCCGUGUGUCUCACUGAGUUCAAUGAGAAUGAGAAUCUACGGUUGAUGCCUAACUGUGAGCAUGCUUUCCAUCUGCCUUGUAUUGAUACUUGGCUUAAGACUCACUCUAAUUGCCCGCUCUGUCGGUCUACUAUGAAUUUAGCUCCGCCCCUUCGAUCCUUCUCGGGUUCGGGUCCUGCUCCCAACUCCAACACGAACUCGAACUCGAACGCGGUUGGUGUUGCGGCGUUGCGGGUUGAGAGGAGGAGUAACGACGCCGUUUUGAUGAUCCGGGAGUUGGAAGGCCGGGUUCAAGUUUUGGAGGCUACGCAAGAUGAUGAGGUAGGAAGUGGUGGGUGUGGGAAUUUUCAGGGGAGAGAAACAAAAUUAGAAAUUAAUGAUGAUAAUAAUACUAUUAGUAACAAUACAGGUAAUAAUAAUGAUAAUUCAAGAUGAAAACAAUUGAGUAGAUUUUUUUUUUUUUUUUUUUUAAUUUUGUAUAUUGAUAUGAUUAUUAUUAUUAUUAUUGCCUUAUUGGUGAUUAGAAUUAUUAACUCAUAUCAUAAACUUAUGAGUUGAGUUAAAUAUAGAGUUUGUUUGUUGUAAAUUUUGCUACAAAUGAAAGACGAAUUUGAAGGAUUUGUGAAUCUUCAUCUUGGUUUCAUUUAGAUUUAAUUGAGGUGUUGCUAUAUUUGAUUACACUAUCAAUGUGACAUCUCCUUUAUGUAUAUGAUUUGCAUUUUGAAUUUGUGAUUGCCGAUUACAUUCGGGUAUGAUCCAAUUGACAUGUCGCUACUUGCUAGUUUGAAUUACACUAUCAAUGUGACUAUCCAUUAUAAACGAAUGGUGAUAUUCUAGUCUUUAUAGUUAGCAUUGUGAUUGCGAAAUGGAAGCAUCUAAAUUAUGGGAGUUGGUUGGAUUAUUAUUGAUAUUAAUUAGAAAAUAAUGUAAUCGGGGGUGAGAUUUAAUGAUUGGAAUGCUUAAAUUACUGCUUAAAAGUCAAAAUGAGUCACAUGGAUAGUUGGGCGGUUGUUGCAAAAUAAUUUUUCAUGGAUGAUGAAUUGAUGAGACUAACAUACAUUUGUCCAUAGUUUAAUGGUGUUUACUUCCUUUUGUUUUGGGGUGGACUUGAAGUCUAGAACCAUUUGUAAGCUUCUUUCUCUCUUUUCUUUAUUAAAGAAAGAAUUAGGUGCUCUUACUUUAUCAUUUACUUUUGUUUGUACUGAGAAUCCAUAAGUUGAUCUUAAUAUGAUAGUACGAAACUUGCACAAUAGUGUCUCCCAACCAGCCGCGACCUAGCUGUGAGAGCGGCACUCUACCAACUGAGCUAUAUCCCUCCAAACCAAGUGGAGCUAGUUAGAUGCUCGGUUCUUGAGGCUCUAGUGUAAAGUCGGAUGAAGGAGGUUAUAUUUGUCACUUCUGCGAUGAUAGAUAUACAACUAAUACAAAUAUUGUUCUUGCUGAGUUAGACCCUAGAUUUUAUUUUUUAUUUUUUUAACAUCCAUAAUCUAGCUAGAUGUAAGAAAUUCACUUUCAAAAAAGAAAAGUGUCUAGGUAAUUCAUUGCUUCAUUUUCUUGAAAGCAAUGCAUAAAGAGUACAUAUUUAUACCUUUCAUAAAGUUUU